ACAACACGCCUGCAAACAGCUCCGUGUCUAUGGUCAAUUUUGACAGCUCGCGCAUCUGGCGUUGUCGUAUUUAUACUCGAAUAAACAGAAGUUUAUAGUCAACUUUUCGUAAAAUAAAAUCAUAAAUCGAAAACUGUCGGGACGAGGACGAGGACAAGUGUCCCCCGGUCGCGAGUGGCAUUCGACGUAUCUUCGCCCCGGACCUUCCGAAAAUACCAUCGUCGAACAGGUGUCUCGAACGAAAUGUGUGCCAGUUCCCAGCGUAAUUAACUGACGAGGGGCGUGAAUAAUACAAAAGUGUAUCGAUCGACGAGAUAAUCGGACCCGGGGGCGACGUUGUUUUGGUGGAAUCUACCCCGUGGGCGCGCGCCCUUCGAUCGAGGAGCAAGGAGGACGCUUAAGCCGCGUACUGGCCUGCCGGCGAUGUGCCAUAGGAGAAGUGACGCCAGCUAGGGAACGGGAGCAUCAUUGUGCGCGACCCGGGACCGGGUGCGCGCUAUGCGGGCGGCAGCAAGGUGAAGGCAGCCGUGGCGAGCAUGCCGCACCAGUUCGGCGGGGCGGGCGCGGGCGCGCUGGCGGGCGGCGCCUCGCCGCCGGCGCAGCACGCGGCGCUGUUCCCGCGGUACGCGGGCGCGGCCGGGCCCGGCGCCGGCGCCUACCGCCCGGAGGAGCGCCGCCUCACGCGCGAGGCCAUGGAGCGCUACCUGCGCGACCGAUCUGACAUGGUCGUCGUCAUCCUGCACGCUAAAGUCGCACAAAAGUCUUAUGGUAAUGAAAAACGGUUCUUCUGCCCACCACCCUGCAUCUAUCUGUUCGGAGACGGCUGGCGACUGCGGCGCGAGCGCAUGCUGCGAGAGGGAGAGACUGAGCAGGCAGCACAGCUGUGUGCCUUCAUUGGCAUUGGCAACUCUGAUCAAGACAUGCAGCAGCUGGACCUCAACAAUGGCAAGCAGUAUUGUGCCGCUAAGACUUUGUACAUAUCUGAUUCUGAUAAAAGGAAGCAUUUCAUGCUGUCGGUUAAGAUGUUCUAUGGUAAUGGCCAUGACAUUGGUAUAUUCAAUAGCAAAAGGAUAAAAGUAAUAUCUAAGCCAUCUAAAAAGAAGCAAUCUCUGAAGAAUGCAGACUUGUGUAUUGCAAGUGGAACAAAAGUAGCCUUGUUCAACAGGCUGAGGUCUCAAACUGUGUCCACCAGAUACCUGCACGUGGAGAAUGGCAACUUCCAUGCAUCUUCAACUCAGUGGGGAGCGUUCACCAUCCACCUGCUGGAUGAUAAUGAGAGUGAGUCCGAGGAGUUUGCUGUUAGAGAUGGAUAUGUACACUAUGGCUCCACUGUGAAGCUUGUGUGCUCAGUCACAGGCAUGGCACUACCUAGAUUAAUAAUAAGAAAGGUGGACAAACAAAUGGCCUUACUAGAAGCAGAUGACCCAGUAUCCCAGCUUCACAAGUGUGCGUUCUACAUGAAGGACACAGAACGCAUGUAUCUGUGCCUCUCGCAAGAACGAAUAAUACAGUUUCAAGCGACCCCGUGCCCUAAGGAGCCAAAUAAAGAGAUGAUCAAUGAUGGAGCAUGCUGGACUAUCAUCUCCACGGAUAAGGCUGAAUAUCAGUUUUAUGAAGGAAUGGGGCCUGUCAGGUCGCCAGUAACACCAGUGCCGCUAGUCCACUCCUUAAACCUAAACGGAGGCGGUGACGUAGCCAUGUUGGAGCUGGCUGGAGACAACUUCACGCCGUCUCUGCAAGUGUGGUUCGGUGACGUGGAAGCAGAGACUAUGUACCGGUGUGCGGAGUCCAUGCUAUGUGUCGUGCCUGACAUCUCGCAGUUUAGAGGACAGUGGCUUUGGGUGCGACAGCCUACGCAGGUACCAGUGUCGCUGGUCAGGAACGACGGCAUAAUAUACGCGACGGGCCUAACAUUCACGUAUACUCCUGAGCCGGGGCCUAGGCCCGUGUGUGCUCCCGUGGACGACGUGAUGCGACCCGACACGGCCGCCGGUUGGCACCACGAUGCACACAACACCCACAGACUACCAGACAACACUCUUCAAUAGCCAAUGGACUGCAGGCUGGACGAAGACAGUCUGCAGUUAUAAUUUACUCUAUGGCAACUAAAAACUGUGUUAAUGUGACCCAAAGAACGCCGUCUCGUGUACCACACAGACAUACGGUGAGUGACUCAAAGACAGUAAUUGUAUAAUUUCGAUAGUGCCUAAUGUCUAUUCAUCAUAGCAUGAUCUCUAGCUUGUGCUAGAAGUGGGUAAUAUUUUUGAAAAAAACGUAUUUUAAGUCGUUCAAGUGAAAUGGUAUGUUCUAUACGUAUUGUAUGCUGUUACAAACAGCGUAGUUUUUAUUAGCGCAUGCUCUUUGCGCAAGUGACAUAACCUGCUUGUUGAGGUACCUUCAGGAGGGGGAAAUGUACAAUAGAAAAUGUGUAGCUCAUUAGUUUGUGCAAUAUUAAACAAUUUUACUUUUGUGACUGAUUUCCUACUGACGACGUCAGGCGGAUAUUUGUAUCAAACCUUUUCUGAAGAUGUGACUCCAUGUCAUCUGAAAAAGCGAAUCAUUGUACUAAUAUGAGAGUUACGUUUAACAGAUCAUGUUAGGGUCUAUAGAUUAUAGAAAGCUUUAUUAUUAAAAAAGUGCCACUUCGCGAGUUUGCUUUGCUUGGGAGCUUAGGACCGCAGGCGCUAAACAAUAUGUGGACACUAUAAUGUGUGCCUAAAUAUAUCUAAACGAUAUGUUUGUAUAUCUACGAGAUUAUGACACCAAAACUAUGAUUAAGGUUAAAAAUCAGCAAUAAAAAGCAAGUUGUGACAACAGUACCAUAGUAGAAGUGGAAUAUGUGAUAAAUAUACAUGAUGGCAUUUUAUUUGGCAACUUCGUUAAUACAAAAUAUAAGCUCAUGAAAAUAGGGUGUAUUUUGUAUUAACAAAUAUACGUCUAAUUAGGUGCCAGCACAAGAUAUGGCUCUACUAGUGUUAUACUUGUUGUUAAUUCGAUUGAUUUCUUGUAUUUUACCUUGGGUAUGAAUUAUAAAAUAUGCGAAUUUCUACAGUAACGUCUAAUAGAGCUGUAACUAUCCUAGCUAUAACUAGCUAUAACAUAUUCUUUGUUUCACACGGUUAGCGGAUUGGAAGUGGGCCAAAUGCGACACUUGUUAGAAAAUCAAUAAGUGCAUAAAUUUCCAAGAAAAAAGGUGUUGUUACACCGUCGCUCAACUAUUGUAAAAUUAACCAAAAAGGCUUGAUUUAGAUAAUUUACUACGCCUAUCAAAUCAACCUCUCUGAUAUUCAGUUUGGUAAUGAGGUUUAAAAUACACAGGCUUAAAUUAUAGCCAUUGUUCAUUUUGUUUAUGAAAGCUAUUGUAAUUUUUAUUAAAGAAAUUGUAACCAAAAUCAUCGAGGGAUUAUUAACAAUUUCCAAUUCGCCAACUAGUGUUCUCCUCUCACAUUUUUUACUACCAGUAGGUAACUGCUAGUCCUACUUAAUUUUGAGCAAUAGGGUAGUGUCCAGGGUCGAAAUAAUGAAAUAAUAUUUAGUCCGCUUUUUAGAUAAUCAAAAAAUAUUGGAUACGUAUUUUUUCUUUUUUUAAUUAAACAUAAAAUGACAAAG